AUGAACGAGAUCAAGAUAGAUAUCAACACGCUAACACUGCUGCCGUCACCACCACCACCACCACCACCACCACCACCACCAUCGUCACUGCCACCAAAUAAUGGCAACAAUAGCAAAAGAAACGAAACAUUUUGGCAUCAACGGCUAUUUAUCAUUGUUUUGUUUUUUUUUUUUUUUGCUUUUUUACUUUAUUCGCAGUUUAUUUUGUGUGCUUUACUCGCGUCCACCUGCUCCGCUACUUAUCAUGGCGCUGUCUCAACUCAAUAUGCCAGUCUAGAUCCCUAUAGUCAUUCAUAUUCGUAUGGUUAUGCGGAUCCAAAUUCACAAAAGCAUGAGACACGUUCGCAUGAUGGUGUAACUCGUGGCUCCUAUUCUUAUGUGGAUGGUUACGGUCAUUUGCAAUCAGUUUCAUACGUUGCUGAUCCUCAUCAUGGCUUUCAAGCUGUCGGUACUAAUUUACCUAAAGCGCCCAGUCCAGCAGCAGCUUAUGUACCAGUAGCACCAGUAGCUCAUUAUGCCGCCGGUCACGCCUAUCCUCAGGCUCAUAUUGUGCUUGAUCAUAAAGGAGUACCUGUGGAUACCCCAGAAGUGCAACACGCUAAAGCUGCUCAUGCUGCUGCUUAUGCUUCUGCCGCCGCUGCCGCUGCCCACGGUGGUCAUCAUCACUUAUAUAAACGAUCUUUGUGGGGUCAUGGUCACGGAUAUGCUGCUCCAGUUGCUUUAACCCCGGCUGGCGUGCCUGUCGAUACUCCCGAUGUCCAAGCGGCUAAAGCAGAGCAUGCUGCCGCUCAUGCCAAGGCUUUGGGUGCUGCACUUCAUGCUGGCGCUGGUCAUGUUGGCGCUUAUGCUGGCGGUCACGGAGGUGGUUAUGCCGGUGCCCACGGUUAUCAUGUGCCUGUUAUAAAUCAUCUUGGUGUGCCAGUAGACACCCCCGAAGUUCAACAUGCCAAGGCUGCUCACUUUGCUGCUGUGGCAAAGGCUGCCGCUGAGGCCGGACCCUCCAGUCACGACGAUGGUAGUUAUCAUGGAGGUCAUGAUGGCGGCGUUUACGGUGCUGGCCCCUAUGGUGCCGGCGGUCAUGCCGUUGUUGGUCCUAGCCAUUAUUCCACCGCAGCUCAUCAUGGUGGUUACGGUGGCUAUAAAGGACCUCUGCAUUAUCCCGUGCUACAUAAUGGUGUGCCUGUUGAGCCAGCUGAAGUACAGCACGCUCGUGCAUCUCAUUUGAGUGCUUUAGCUGCUGAAAGUCACAAAGCUGCUGCCCACGGCGGUUAUUACGGCGGUCAUUAUGGUAAAUGGUAAAGAUGCCUCUAAACGAUUCAAUCACUAAAAAGGAAUGGAUUUAUGUAAUAGAUGAUUCGGAGUUUUUAUUCUUUUAAAUUUAAGUUAAUACAGCAUUGAAGAUUUAUUUCUGCAUUCAAUUUCUUAAUUUUUCUUCGCUUGUCUUCAACUAUUUUUAAAUUUCUUUCUAUUACUUUCUCGCAAGUAAACACACGCUCUCUCUUACAAGUUUCUCUCUUCUAUACCUACUCUGUUCUGCAAUUUCUCACAGGAGAUGAUCUCUCUCUUUCACGUUCUUGCCUGUGAUUUCAUUUAUGCUCUUCGCUUUCUUUUUUUUUAACUAUCUUCAUCUCUACCUCCUAAAAAUUCGUUUGACACUCAACACACUGCCAUUGCUAAGUUGAACAUUUCAAUAUACUGCCUGCCAUCUAAUCGAUAUUUCUUCACUGCUCUCUUCUUUCUCUCUCCGCGAGCAUUUCUUUAUCAUGAGAUGUUCUUUCUUUUUAUUCGAUCGUUUAAUUUCACUAUCUCUCUUCGUGUCGAUCUCUCUCCUUUUCUCUCUCUCUCUCUC